AUGUCGGUGGGGACGCUGAAGAAGCAGUUACUCCAAGCCAGCCAGCUAAUUAGGGAAAAAAUAAAUGGCAUUGAAGGCACGAAACUAGAUGACCACUUUCUUGACCUGGAAAAGAAAAUAGAUAUUACCAAUAAAGUUGUUACAGAAAUUCUUUUGAAAGCCACAGAAUACAUUCAGCCCAAUCCAGCAUGCAGAGCGAAGCUGGGGAUGCUGAGCCCGAUGUUGAAGAUCCACAAUCAGGGGAAGGCCUCAGAGUGCCUGCAGCCAGAGGGCCUGCUGGGUGACUGCAUGCUCAAGUACGGCCAGGAGCUGGGCGAGGACUCCACCUUCGGCAGCGCGCUGACCGAUAUGGGCGAAGCUAUGAAGCUGAUGGUGGAGGUGAAAGAAUCCUUUGAUAUUAACGUCAAGGAAACCUUUAUUGAUCCACUCCAGUUAGUACACGACGAAGAUUUAAGUGAGAUUUCGCACCACCUGAAGAGGCUGGAGGGCCGCUGCCUGGACUACGAUUAUAAAAGGAAGCACGUCGGGAAGAUCCCCAACGAUGAGAUCACACAAGCAAUGGAAAAGUUUGAGGAGUCCAAGGACUUUGUGGAGAGAUGCAUGUUUAAUUUUUUAGAAAAUGAUCUAGAGCAAGUUGGCCAGUUGCCGCUGUUAUUCCAGGCAGCUCUAGAGUAUCACCAGCAGCCGGUCAACAUCCCUGCAGCCACUGCAAGAAGGAAGCUGAAGGAUGCGGGUCCUGGUGGGGUUAACUCCCAGGUGACCACUGCCUACUGCCAAGACCAACUUCAGAAUAGACGCUCUUCCAACGCAACGACAUCUCGGGGCGUCACUUCUAGCACUUUGGGCUACUCCAGAGUCAUGGUGUAA